AUGCUGGUGAGGGGGGAGGACGGUGGCGGCGGCAUUGGCAGCAUCGAGCCGGUUGCCGUUGAGGACAUGCACGUGCGUGACCAGGGGGAUGCUGCGAAAGCUGUGGCCGAGCGCGUGCGGAGCGUUCUGAAGCACGCGAAGAGUCAGCCGUUGUGAUUGCCGCAUGACGUCGUAUGGUAGGUGUAGGAUAGAGACCUCUGUAUAGAAAAUGGUUGCGAGAA